AUGACAGCACCGACAGAUACAGAAGAGCGUGUAUCAACAACGGACUAUCACGGUUCCACAGACCUUUCGGGGUUUUUUUCUGCCACACACUGGACUCAGUACAAGCUAUCGAUUAAGGGUCAACAGACGCGAAAGACCUUUGUCGCCACCGACCAAGACAAGGAAGCCUUCCGAUCUGGGAUCUCCAGUGUAAUGCAAAUACCCCUCGAUGAUGUAUCAGUUGAGGUUCUGUCGAGCUACGAUGCCGACUUUCAGCAAGGGCGAUGGAACUCUACAUACUUUGGACACGAAGAAACGGCUCGCCGAAGGACUAGUCUCUGCUCUCUUUCGCCGCAUGCACUAGAUACCAGUUCUGACCGUCUUUGUCCAUACGGGAGUAUCCCGGAGGAGCUUGUCGCCCACAUUCAAGCAGAAAGGGACCAGAUUGAACUCAUGAGAGAAGAAUUUGAGGAGACGAUGACGACAGGGACCGAAGAUGUCAGCAACAACGGGCAACUGGACGCCGAAAGGGGGUAA